CGCAACUUCGUAGUCGAUCGAGUGUCAGUUUUUUGCAGAAAUUUGAACAGACCGGUCGCACAAAAUAAUUCUUUCCGCGAUGAUAUUAUCCCUGAGUUAUCUGGAAAUUAUGUAUCUGGGGAUGUUUGGAGUCAUUACACUUUAUGGUUACUUAAUUGGCAUUGUAGAGGCUAAAUUGCCAGCCUCCUUCACCCAAUUCUACAGUUACGGAAAGUUUUCUCUCCUGAAAGGUCAGAAGCGCCUUGCGGCUCAUCUGGAAGUGUCCAAAUCUUCCUUCAGGCACUUCUACAUCUUUGCUAGUUUGUGGUCAACAGUGAUCCUUUACAUCGUCCUACGCACUUGUGUAAUUGGGAAACCUGUCCUAGAAUCUAUAAUUCAAUUUUUGGACUUCUUCUGCGGCAAAAAUCGCUCGGCAAAAAAUACUCCACUUGAGGCACUUCUGGCCAUAAUCUGCAUAUUUGCUCAGUGUUUUCGACGGUUCUGGGAAACGCACUUCCUGCAGACUUUCUCCCGGUCCAGUUGCAUGCACAUCAUUCACUACUUCAUUUCAUAUUUACAUUAUUUUGGAGUUCCUUUAGCCACUCUGAAUAAUGCUCAAGGCUUCGUAACAACGACCGGAAAUACCCUUGUGAGCAGGGAACAGUUCACCUGGCGGAUAAUCAUCCCUACAGCGGUAUUUGCCUUUGCCUGGUGGCAUCAAUUCCGAUCAAAUGUUAUUCUAGCGCGAUUGAGAAGAGAUUCUAAAGGAAAUGUUGUAACAGAGAAACAUUCCAUUCCUAGAGGAGGAUUUUUCGAAGUUGUAUCAUCGCCUCACAUGAUGUUCGAGUGUUUGAUCUACCUAUCACUAAUCCUAAUGCUUCCCGGAAAUACCUUAUGGCUCUUGAUCUGUUUGUGGGUGGUCAGUAAUCAAUGCCAAGUUGCUCAUUGGACUCACGAAUGGUACAAGGAAAACUUCCCGGAGUAUCCUAAAGAACGGAAAGCUAUCAUCCCAUGGACUUUCUAAUAAAAUUGCUGCAUUGGAAAAUGGAAUUUUACUGGCACAAAUCACAAAUUCCGCAAAAAAAACCUUGGCAUAUCAACAAAAUAUUGCUUUGUGUUAUGCCAAGCGCACAAUACUUUUUGUUUGUAAACAUGUUUUCUAAAUUUU